AAACCACCCUAAAACCUUCUCCCCGCCGUCAAAGGCAGCUGCGGGAGAGCAGCGUCAGUCCAUAUUGUUUCUAUGGAGAUUGUUUGCCCCAUCGACGCCAAAUUUGCGAACGAGAUCGCCGCUCUUCUGAAGCCACCUCCUUCCCAUGAAGUUCAGGAGCAUUUUGAUAAUCUCAUUGCAGCUCGGCAAUGUCGAGGCCUUAAAGUAAAGCAAAACACAAAGCUUGGAAAAGGUGUCUAUGCGGAAUCAAAUUUCAAUGAAGGAGACCUUGUUUUAAAGGACCAAAUGCUUGUUGGUGCACAACAUUCUUCAAAUAAGAUUGAUUGUUUAGUUUGUAGUUUCUGCUUUCGCUUUAUUGGGUCCAUAGAACUUCAAGUUAGCAGGAGACUUUAUCUGCAAAAUUUAGGUGUCCUGGCAAAUAAUGAAUGUCACAAGCAGACUUCUUCACAUGUCCAAGAAGAGUAUUGUGAAGAUUAUUCAUUAGAUGAUGAAAAAAACUCCAAGGCUGAAGAUUACAGCCUUCACGGAGAAUGUUCUAUUAGUGGCUCUAAGAAUGAUUCUCUUCAGGAGGUUGUGCAAUCACUCAUGAAUGGUGGUUUGAAACUACCUCAUUCUGGAAGGUUCCCUUUGCCGUCAGUUUUUAAUUGUCCUGGUGGAUGUAGGGAAGCUUACUAUUGUUGUGAAUCAUGUGCAAAGGCUGAUUGGGACUCAUUUCAUUCCUUACUUUGUACGGGCCAGAAGUCAGAAUCAUUUAACAGGGAGGCACUUCAAGAAUUCAUACGACACGCUGAUGAAACGAAUGAUAUUUUCCAUGUGGCAGCAAAGGUUAUUGCAUUUACCAUUCUGAGGUAUAGAAAGUUGAAAGCAGACAAUGUUGAUAAGAAAGGAAACUUCGUAAAUGACACCUGUAACCAGAAUCUGCUAUUUCAAGCAUGGAAACCUGUAUCAAUGGGAUACAAGAAAAGGUGGUGGGAGUGUGUUGCAUUGCCAGAUGAUGUUGAUUGCAAAGAUGAGGCUGCAUUUAGGAUGCAAAUAAAAGAACUGGCAUUCACUUCAUUACAACUCCUGAAGGCUGCUAUGUUUGACAAGGAGUGUGAGCUAUUAUUUUCUCUGGAGAUAUAUGGCCAUAUAAUUGGCAUGUUCGAACUGAAUAAUCUUGACUUGGUAGUAGCAUCCCCAGUGGAGGAUUAUUUUCUCUAUAUCGAUGAUCUUCCAUUAUCAGAAAAGAAUGAAGCUGAAGUUCUAACAAGGGUUAUACUGGAUGCUCUUGGUGAUGAUUAUUCAGAACCUUGUCAAGGAACUGCAUUUUUCCCUAUUCAGAGUUGUAUGAAUCAUUCAUGUCUUCCCAAUGCUAAAGCCUUCAAGCGGGAUGAGGACAAAGAUGGCCAUGCUAUAAUACUUGCUCUUGGACCCAUUGCCAGAGAAGAAGAGGUUACCAUAUCAUAUAUAGAUGAGGAACUUCCCGUAGAAGAGAGACAAAUGCUUCUCAAAGAUUAUGGUUUCAGGUGCAGCUGCCCAAAAUGUGUAGAUGAAGAAGAAGACCCAUAAUUAUUUUUGGUUGGUCAAGUUUUACUCACUCCUCCCUAUUAAAAGAGUAAUGGGGUUAAGGAUUAAAGAAAAAUGUUGUGAUAAAAAUCAAUUAUUUGGUGAUAAAUCUGACGUGAAAGUAAUAGAGGAAAGCCACACAAAGUUCAUAUCGGCCUUACUAGUUCAUACCUCUUUGGUUGAGAAUUUGUAUUCCCCAGUUUUUUUUUUCUCAUAUGAUAUUAUUGGAUUGUUUUGCUGCAUAAUUAGUGUUGUUUAUGCUUAUUUAUUGUUUAUGUUUUUAAUUUUGAU